AUGCGACCUACGUGUAUUGUAACUUCUUCACCUUUCGGAAAGUUGGGCUCGAGUCACCCGAUCGAAGAAUCCCAUGCAUGCUCACCCCCUCCCCCCAAGGCACAACUUGGGCAUUAUCCGUUACCAGAGCCAUUUAACGUUAAACAGGAACAAAACGAUCAUUGUUAUUGUCUCCAGCCUCGGUGUGUGAUAUUUUUUCCGUAUUUGGCCGUCGACGUAGCCGUGCCGUGUUUAUCUAGGAUCACCCCUUGGAAAUGCUUCGUUUGCAAUGACCAACAACGCAAUCGAAUGCCACCACCUCCAUCACACGGACGCACAGUCAAUGAGAGAGCUCCUGGGACUCCUUGA